GCCAGAUGCUGCCAGGGCCCACGGCUGAGAGACAUGUCCUUCCGCAAAGUGGUUCGGCAGAGCAAGUUCCGGCACGUGUUCGGCCAGCCAGUCAAAAAUGACCAGUGCUACGAGGACAUCCGAGUGUCCCGCGUCACCUGGGACAGCACCUUCUGCGCCGUCAACCCCAAGUUCCUGGCAGUGAUUGUGGAGGCCAGUGGUGGGGGUGCCUUCCUGGUGCUCCCUCUGGGCAAGACGGGCCGCAUUGACAAGGCCUACCCGACAGUAUGUGGCCACACGGGCCCCGUCCUGGACAUCGACUGGUGUCCCCACAAUGAUGAGGUCAUCGCCAGUGGCUCGGAGGACUGCACCGUCAUGGUCUGGCAGAUCCCUGAAAACGGGCUGGUCUCACCUCUGACGGAGCCGGUGGUGGUGCUGGAAGGGCACACCAAGCGAGUGGGCAUCAUCAGCUGGCACCCAACGGCCCGCAACGUGCUGCUCAGCGCAGGCUGUGACAAUGUGGUGCUCAUCUGGAAUGUGGGUACGGCCGAGGAGCUGUACCGCCUGGACUCCCAGCACCCGGACCUCAUCUACAACGUCUGCUGGAGUCGAAAUGGCAGCCUCUUCUGCUCCGCCUGCAAGGACAAGAGCGUGCGCAUCAUUGACCCCCGCCGGGGCACUCUGGUGGCGGAGCGAGAGAAGGCUCACGAGGGCGCCCGGCCCAUGCGGGCCAUCUUCUUGGCAGACGGCAAGGUGUUUACCACGGGCUUCAGCCGCAUGAGUGAGCGACAGUUGGCACUCUGGGACCCGGGGAACCUGGAGGAGCCCAUGGCCCUGCAAGAGCUGGACUCAAGCAACGGGGCCCUGCUGCCGUUCUACGACCCUGACACCAGUGUGGUCUAUGUCUGUGGCAAGGGUGACUCCAGCAUCCGGUACUUUGAGAUCACAGAUGAGCCCCCUUACAUCCACUUCCUGAACACGUUCACCAGCAAAGAGCCCCAGAGAGGGAUGGGCAGCAUGCCUAAGAGGGGCCUGGAGGUCAGCAAGUGUGAGAUCGCCCGGUUCUAUAAACUGCAUGAACGCAAGUGUGAGCCUGUUGUCAUGACUGUGCCAAGAAAGUCGGACCUCUUCCAGGACGACCUGUACCCCGACACGGCUGGGCCUGAGGCGGCCCUGGAGGCAGAGGAGUGGGUGAGCGGGCGCAAUGCCGAUCCCAUCCUCAUCUCUCUGCGCGAGGCCUACGUGCCCAGCAAACAGCGGGACCUGAAGGUCAGCCGGCGAAACGUGCUCUCGGACAGCCGGCCCACUGCCACCCCCACCCGCCCAGGGGCCCCUGCAGCUGCGGCCACUACUGGUGUGACCACUGCCAGCGGCAGCCUCGCUGGAGCAGGGGAGGCCAGGAAGCUGGAGGAGGUGACGCAGGAGCUGCAGAUGCUGCGGGCACUGGUCAAGGAGCAGGGCGAGCGCAUCAGCCGCCUGGAGGAGCAGCUCGGCCGCCUGGAGAAUGGAGACGUCUAG